UCUACUACUGAAAAGUGAAAAAAUCAACGAUCCGAACUUGUUUCCCUCAUCGACCCAAGAGUCCGACGUGGGAUCCGUGUCCGAGCCUCGGUUUUCAUACCCAUCUGUCGAAUGUGCUGGUGGGAACAAGGAAGUGUCGGAUAAUGUUGUUGUCGACUCCUCCAAGACCAAAAUAGCGAACCAAGGGUCCAACUGCACACUAUACUGCAUCUCGAAUAAGACCGCAUACCCGAUCCAGUUUUACGACGCCUACGGCGACAAGGACUAUUUCAUUCAAACCGGAGAGGACAAAUGCCCCGAGGUGUGGCUCCCACUUGCGACGGAGACACCUUCCUCUUUACAUAUCUUAUACCCUAGGGGUGGUCCGUCACGUCAGUUGGUGACUUUGUACGGCAAAAGCGACGGCGACCAACUCAUCACCGUUGCAAACGAGACCGACUCUGUCUCUUUCCCGACACAUAUCAAGGUUCCUUUCGUCUCAAGUAAAGGUUGCCUUACCAUCAAGGGGGCACAUCCUAAGUACCGCAUCGAAUGUUAUCGCCACGUCCCGGGUGUCGCUGACGAUUUCAUGGUUGAAUUCAAAACAACCCUGCGCUGA